AGCAUGGAGGAGGUGCAGCUCGUCAGCGGCAAGGCGUUAUGGGGGGUGAUCUGCGGGACCUACGUGUUGCCUUCAGACGAGGUUGUCGGGGACGAGCUGCUGCGGGCCGCCCCACACCUGCAGGCGGGGCUGAGGGCGUAUGCCAAGCCCUCCGGUGACCACUUUGACCAUUGGGCCAAGUCGGAUGCUGGCACGCAGGAGAAGGACUUUGUGAAGAAGUUGUCGGAGCUGCUGGACCUCUCGGCAAAGCACAGCUGGGAGAUGUUUCAGUUCUUCCUGGUCAACGAGUACACCAAAGCGGACUCCUCCCUGCCCGAGCUCCUGACCAGCCAGCGCGACGAGGAGUCCUUCCGCGCCCAGCUGCUGCGCUUCUACCUGGGUGACCGCCUCCACCUCCUGCGCUGCGUCCGGCACAUCGUCGCCAACACAGCCAACCCGCAGCACCCCUACCAGAGCCUCUUCCGUGACUACAUGCGGGACGUUCUGGACAAAGGCGGGGCACUGGAGGACAGCCUAUUGAAGCAGAUCACCACCAACAUCACCACCACCAACAACAAUGACACCACUGCUCCCGCCCCGGCCCUGCCCCGCGACGGCCCCAUCCCUGGCCCCUCCACGCGCCUAGCCCACCACCUUGCCGAGCUGCAGGAGGUGAUGGCCACGUUGCUUGUCUACUACAGCAGCACCGGUCGCGCCCCCUCCCCAGCCACCUUCAGGAAUCUAGUUCAGCUGGUGCAGGGUGGAGGGCUGGGUGGGCGGCCCGACCUGCAGGAGGGGCUGAGGGAGAGCCACACGCCCCUGGUGGAGACGCUGGACGCCACGCACGCCCUUCUGCUGGUGCUGGCCAUCAAUGUCGACACACCCACCAGCGGCCAUAGUCUGUGCGAGGUGGAGUGGGUGAGCAAACUGGACCCCAUCAUGGCUGGACUGGGGGCGCGCAAACCACACCUGGCGCCCCUCCUCGCCUGGGCCGUCCUCCAGCUGCGCGCCGCCUCCACGACCAUCUCCACCUCCACCGCCACACCCGCCACCAUCUCCACCACCAGGACAUAUCACAGGCUGGCGGAGAGGGCCUUGAGUGGGAAUGUGUUCAGUUACCUGCAGACGGCCCUUAGUUGUGCGGCCAUUCAGGGGGACAAGCUGCUGCUGCGACUGUGCUCCUCAGUGGUAUACUCGCUGCUGUGUGCCACUUCCAGCUGCCUGCCGCUGCCGGACACACAGCAGCCCGUCCUCAGCGCCCUGGCCAAGACGCUGCUGGCCCAGGACCCGCCCGCUGACCUCUUCUGGGCCGAGGAAGACGGGGGUGCCGGCCUGCUGCUGCCACCGGCCCUGGAGGUGUUUCCCUACGAGGUGGAGCCGCUCCUCUCCCUCGCCACCGCCCUCGCUGCCGCCAACCCCGACAGCUGCCUCAAGGUAAUUGAGCUCCUGAGUGAAGUACCGUACCUCACCUGGCCGCUGGAGGACCUGGUGACGGGUGGCGGUGGCGGCACAGCGCGGCGGGGGCAGUACCAGAUCCAGCAGGUGCGGGAGGGCGAGUACUGCAGCAUGGCGCCCCUCCAGCUGCUGCCCUCCGUCACAGUGCCGACCCACACCUACGGCACCACGCGGCUGCUCCUGCCCCCACACGGCUCCGGAGAGAGACUCAUCGCCUGGCACACGCCCACCAAUGCCUGGCAGGUUCUCCUCGCCUUCAUGAAUGUGCUUGGACUGGAGGUCAGCAGCGGGGCCACAGUGGCAGACCCCCAGGUGAUGAAGGCUGUGUGCUCCUCCCUGCAGCUCCUCACUGCCGCAGGCUGGAGCCCCCCCAGCUCUCCCCCCUUGUGCCAUCCACCCUGUCAACUUUUAUGGGUUAACUUGACACACCCACACCAUCACCAACAAACAGUCACACACAUCCUCCAUCCUCACCCUUGUGCCUCCCCCAGGGUGUCCCACGUGUCCCGGCCGCCGAGUGAGCUGGUAGCGGCUCUUCUGGCCAUGCUAGCAGAGGUGGCCACACAGGAGGCUAAGAGUGUGUGGGCGGAGCUGGAGGGGAGCCCGCUGCUGCCCUACCUGGCCUUCUCGGAGACAACAGCAUCCGAGGCCAAGCGAGGGAGAGGCGACCCCUUCGUAGGGUACCGCGCCGGGGGUCUGCGGGCGCUGGUGUGCGGGGAGGAGGCGGCUACAGGCUGUUACCCCAUCCUGCGCUCCUAUACCAGCCUACUCACAGCUGCUAUCAAGAAUGGUGUGCGUACUGGCAGCGUGCAGGGCGGCGUGGUGUUCAUGGCGAGGGAGGUGACGGGUGUGCUGAUGCGCUGGUGCUACCGGACGCAGGAGGAGCGCGACAAGCUGUUCGAGUGCUGCCUCACGCUGCUGCACCACACACUAGAGGACUCAGGGCUCGACAGCAGCGUGCACACCCUAGUGGUCCGUCAGCUGGUGGACCGAAGCAGCGCAGGACGCACACUUCUCUCGGUGGUGGAGAGCGGGGCCAGCCUGGAGGGGGUGCUCAGCCUCCCCACCCACUCCCCCGCCUCCACCCAGGCCCUCCGCCUCACACGCACCGCCCAGAUGGCCCUUUCCAUAUUGCACAGGCUCGUCGGGGAGGAGAGCAGUACAGAGGGACUAAGCCAGCUGUUGCGUGCCACCCCCUUUCAUGGUGUGGCUCUCGGCGGGGCUGUUGGGGGCAUGGGACGGGGCCAGGGGGUUGGAGGCAGCAGCAGCAGCAGCACCCCACACCUGGCCCUCACGGUGGCCCUCUACGCCCACCAGCGCCUCAACCCCCGCCUGCUCUACCUGGCCCUGCGCACCCUCACACGCUUUGCUCAGAAACUGGACGUCCCCCUCGUUGCCUGCUUUGGGGCUGAGGCCGACGGGAUCCGCGACGCUCUGCUGAGGCGCCUGGAGUCCCCGACAGAGGACGUGGGUGUGAAGGUGGCCCUGCUGCGGCUGCUGACGGCCUCCACCACCAAGCAGCAGGGCCUCACCAACGCCUUCCUCACCCCACCCGAGAAGCUGCUCGACCCACUCAUCCCCCUCGCCAGCCUGUCUGGCAAGGGUAGUCCAGGACAUGAGGUGGUCCUGGCAGUGGUGGAGCUGGUGGACGCCCUGUGGAGCCAGAAAUACUCCACCGCCACCUCCCACAUGAAGACCAAGAAGGAGUUUUUCGAGGCCCUCACGCACCCCCUCACCUCACAGAAGCCAGGCGAGGUGAGCGACGCCAUCGUGGGCCACUGCUUCAGCAUCCUGGCCCGGCAACUCUUCUCCGCCGACGCUGCCUCACACCCCGCCAGCCUGUCUGCUGCCAUGGACCGCCUCUGCACCGCCGCCGGCACAGCAUCCUCGCCCAUCGCUCUCUGGUCCAAGCACAUGCUCUCGAAGGUGGAGGACGGCUGGAAGGAGAGUAAGGACGUGCGUGAGGUGCUGGUGCCGGCGUGGAGGGACCUGGUGGUGGUGCUGGUGGUGCGCGCCCGGACCUGGCUCACCCCGCAGCUCAAGGUGAGCCUGGCAGGGGACAUCCUGGAGGGGCUCUUGAGGCAGGUGGGCAGCAGUGACGAGGCUGACCAGCACCUCACCUUGCUGCUGGCCGAGGUGUACAUCGCCCUCGUCAAGCAUUGCAACAAGCACCUGGCGGAGAAGGCAGAGUUCUUUGAGCAGACAGGAAAGCUGCUGUCUUGGCUGCAGGGUGUGGUCAUGGCCACCCCCACGCACUGCCAGCUCCUCAUCCUCGGGGCUGCCCUCUCCCUCGUCACCCUCACAGAUGCCACGCCGCAGUCACAUGAGCGAGUGGUGUGCCUGGUGGGGCCGGCCAGUAACCUGGUCCAGCAGCAUGGGCGGCUGGCCGGCUCAGGCACUGGCGCCUGCACCUCGGCCUCCACGCUGGGCCUGGCCACGGCACUGCUGCACCAGCUGCUGCUCCGCUGCCGGAAAGACAUGGCACAGCACAGUCUGACACAGUACCCAGUGGUGCCAGCACUCCUGCAUGCCACAGAGACUUACAUGAAGAGUGGAGAUGAGGAGGUGGUUGGCGAGUUGGUGAGUCUGCUGGCCACACUCAGCCGCACCGCACGUCCCUGGGAAGAGGUGUCAGCCCCAACCCUCUUCUCCACCCUCACCCUUGCCAUACCCUCCUCCAAGACCAGCCUGGUGAGUGCCGUGGUGUGGGGUGUAGUGUGGGGGGUGAGGCACAUGGGAGCAGCAGGGGUGGAAGCCGGCGUCAACGUGGCAGCCGUGCACCUGCAGGCCCUGUGUGGCUCUCUGGCAGUGCCUCACAGAGAGCCCGGCCUGGCUCUGGCCACCGCGGCGCUGGUGGAGGCGCUGGCACCACACGCAGCACUGUGGAUUGUGCUGCACCAGGCCUCCUACACCCAGCUGACGGCCGCCGCCACCCGCUGCAUCCACACCACCAAACACCUGCUCUGCCAGCCCAGGUUUGUUCAAAGGGACCUGGGAGGGGAUGGUGGCAAGAAGGGAGGUGUUCCAGCCUCCUCCCUCACAGCCUCCACCACUGCUGCCGCCACUACCCUGUCAACAGUCACUGACGCUGCUGCCUCUAUCACCACAGCAACAACAGCUGUCCUUAACAAGAUACUGCAAGUGUUGUGUGCCUGCCUUAGUGCCAUCCAGAGCCUGGGACCUGACCUGACUGACCUGCUGUGUGGGCCAGGGAUUGAUGUCGGUGCCUGGACACUUUUCUUCCACCCUUCAUUCCGCCCAGUGUCUGCUCAUGACCCCGUGGCCCAGCCCAGCCUGGCUUCCCUCACUGCUGUACUGGAGCUCUAUGACAGCCAUGCGUCCAAAGAGAGCCGAGGAGUGUCUCCGUGUCGUAGUGGUGCCCCGGAGGUGGGGCUCAGUCUGCAGGUGUUGGCCCUGUGUGCUGAGAAGGCCCUGCUGCUGCUGCUCACUCAGGCCACGCUGGCACUCAUGAGCCCAGACACUGCCCCUCGAGAUGCACAGCGUAUAAGGCAGAACAUGGCUGACGACAUGAACUCGUUCUUCCACCAUGCACUGGGGCGGCGGCCGCCAGCCUCCCCACUGCCCAUAGCCAUGGCAGGGGUGUCUGGCGCCAGCAGUCACACACACAUCAACUUGGACUACCUGCGGCUGACCCAGCAGUUGGUGGCCAGGUUAUGCGUCACUAAGUGAUAAUGGGCGGGGCACAGGCCACACAGGACCUGUGCCAUUACAAGAAAACUUUUACCAGUGCCAAGCUGAGUGGAUGUGCCUGCAGACACCACCCUCCCAGCACACCAAGUGACCUCCCUACUCAGUACAGUACAGGACUUGCUGCGUCACGACCUCAGCACCGAGUGUCUGUGUCAUGGCCAGCAAGUCCCUCCUUUACUGCCACGCCCAACCUCUGGUGCCCAAGACUACAAUUUUCUAUGUUCACUACUUUUGUGCAUAAGUCUUUGUAUGUUCCUACAUGUGUGACAGCAUCUUUCAUGUUAAGUUAAACUGUGCACCAGCAGAAGCGGUGGAUGAAAAAACAAAAACACUGCCACUACAUGUCUGGUACAUCAGAUCAGACAUCCUAGCGAGAUUGUAUAAAAUGUUCUAAUAAAAACAUUACUUGUU